AUGAGGAGCUGUCCUGCGGCACCCCCCUCCUCCAUGCUGGUGGAUCCCCCUUGUGCUCCGGCACCGGUGUAUGUCCCUGAUGACGAUGGUGAUGAUGAGCAGCAACAGCCGCCUGCUCGUCCUCUCUCUGCACCACGAGUUCCCUCUCCUGCAGCCAGCACUCCACCACCUCCAUCUCCACCACCAGCUGGGGAUGCCCCGCUUCACCCUCUACCCUCGCCUCCUCCUCCCCAAUCUCCUAUUGGGGUGGCAGCUCGUCGUGCUGCUGCUGGCAUCCAUCGUGUCCCUGCACCACCCAGGAGAGCUCCAGCUCCGGCUGCUGCUCCUCCCAGGCGCACCAUGGCAGAGAUCUUUGAAGAGAUCCCUGAAGACCUCAGUGACAAUGAGCUGCUUCUGAAGUCAUCCUCAGCCCUUAUUGUGGUGCGUGAGGGUGACCCCUCAGAUCCCAAGCUGGCAGCAGCUCAUGCUACUGCAGUGCAGUCCGUGUUGUCUGCUGUAGCCUUUGGGAACCCCUGGUCGUUCUUUGAAGCGUCCAAGCAGGAGGAUGGGCCACUAUGGCGCGCUGCAGCUGCAUCUGAGAUUGACUCUCUGCUCAGCAACUGCACAUGGGAUGUGGUCGACUUGCCACAAGGGGUCAAGCCAAUUCGCUCUCAAUGGGUGUUUGUGAUCAAACACAAGUCUGAUGGCACUGUGGAACGCUACAAAGCCAGACUCGUGGCAGAUGGUCGUGGCCAGCGCUAUGGCAUUGACUACUAUGAGGUGUUUGCACCCACCUUCAGACCUGCUACUCUGCGCGUUAUCCUUGCUCUUGCUGCUCAGAACAACCUCAAGUUGCGCUUCAUCGACUUCUCUUCUGCCUACCUCAAUGGGGACCUGGAUGAGGAUGUCUACAUGACUCAGCCAGAAGGGUUCCCCCAGGGAGAGAAGGGCCAGGUCCUGAAGCUGAACCGGUCCAUCUAUGGGCUGAAGCAGGCUGGCCGGCAGUGGCGCAUCAAGUUGGUUGCCAAGCUGACUGCCAUGGGGUUCAAGUGCAUCAAGUCAGACAGCUCCUGCCACAUCUACUCUGAUGGUGUGGUGCGCGUGAUCCUGCCUAUCUAUGUUGAUGAUGGCACCAUUGCUGCAAAGCAUGAUGCUGACAUUGACAAGGUCAUUGCCCAGCUGGGUACAGCCUUCUGUUGA